AUGGAGCUUAAUGAAAGAAUGCUAUUUAUCGCAUUUUUCUUAAGCUGACCUAUCUGAAGCUACUUCGUUUAUGAAGAAACUGUUCCAACUUUUCGAGGCUGCCCUGCUUUAGACCCCAAUAGCCAUAUCAAAAUAUUGAAAAAUAGCACCUUUUACUACAAAAAUGCUCAAAAGUCAGAGGAAUUUAUUAAAAUCUUAUUUGAUCCAAAGCAAAUUAGGAGCCUGCUUGUUCCAUAUAUCAUCCCUGAAGAGAUGGAAAGAUUCAAAAAUAAGCCAGAUGACAUUCAAGUUUUUUAUCCUUCUGCUAUAUGGCUAGAAGAAAAAAAUACAUUUUUUGCAGUUGUAAGGGUUAGUAUUUUUAAUUCUUAUAGUUUUCUUUAUGCUACAUUUUUUGAUUCUGAGUGAAAUGAAGUUAGGAAAAAUGAAACAAUAGGAAAUAUCACAGUCCCAGGAAUUAUUGAAAUCGAAAAAAUGUGAAAAGAGCACAGCUCAGGGCCUGAGGACCCAAGAAUUUUUAGAGCGCUGAAAGGUGAGCUAUUUAUGACUUUUAAUUUGCUGAUGAAGGAUAAAAAAAGGCUGAUGCAUAUUUUUGACGUUUCUGCAGGGAUAGCGAGACCACUAUUGAUUAAGGAAUAUGCCAAAAAAGAAAAAGUCAUUGAGAAAAAUUGGACCCCUUUAAUAGUUGAUGACCAGCAUAUUUUUUUCAUUUAUAAUUACAAGAAUUUACAAGUUAUAGACUGCAGUUUAGAAAACAAGAUAUGCAAAAAAGUUAGAGGAACUUACGAUCAUGCCCCGAGCUCUAUCAAAGGUGGUUCUCCAUACGUCCGGUUUGCUGAUACCAAUUAUUUUGUCUCCUUUAUAUUUACAAAUGUCGUCACCGAAGCUCCUGAAAUUUCAUGCAAGCCUUAUCGCCCUGCCUUGUCUAUAAUCGAGUUUAUUCCUGGCGACAAGCCAGAUUUUAAGCUAAUUUACACGAGUGAGCCUAUUGAUUUUCAAAAUAAAGUGUUUUUGUCUCCAGUGUCCAAGCAUAAAUCAAUCAAGGAAAUUCUCGACUGUAAUUUUGCAAGGGUUUUAAUGGUCCAUUCUAUAUCAAAGUGAGACUAUGCGGAUGAUAUAGUCGAUUUAACUCUGUCUAUAAAUGACUCGGUACCUUUAGCUAUAAGAGUGACGGGGAUGACUGAUAUGGUUAGAUACAUUAUCAAUAUGUAUGACUAUGGGAGGCUUGAAGAAAAAGAAGACUGCGCCAUAUUAAUGUCCUUUAGUUACCACAAACAGUUGUGGCCUAGGAAUCUUUUUAAAAUGAAUAAAUAUAGUUAG